AUGACCUACACAUACGACUCGACCGGCGAGUUCGCCCACGACACCCAGUUUGUUCGCGGCACCGCGCAGCCCUACGCCGAACACGGCGGUGGCAAGGGUGCUGCCAACCGCUACGAAGCUGCCAACGGUUACGACGGCAACGUCUACGACGCGGACCAGACGCGUUUCGAGUACAACGCAAGUCCGGCGGAGGUGUACGCCGACUUACUGAACAAGGUCAAGGCGCUCACGGGCACCGAAACGAGCUGGAUUUCCGCCACUGCCAAUGUCUCCUCUCUUCUUUGGUACCUUUUCUCCACCCUAGACAAACGUGUCAACUGGUGUGGUUUCUACUUUUACGACUCAGUGUCAGACGAACUCCAGCUCGGCCCUUUCCAAGGCCGAGUCGCCUGUCAGUCCAUAAAACUGGGCAAGGGGGUGUGUGGCGUCGCUGGCGAUCUCAGGACAACCCAACUCGUCCCCGAUGUUCGAGAGUUCCCAGGACAUAUCGCCUGCGACGGCGAAACGAGAAGCGAAAUCGUCGUCCCCGUCGUCUCCGAAGACGGCCUCCUCAGAGCCGUCCUCGACAUCGACUCCACUGAACUCAAUGCAUUCGACACACACGAUCAAUUCUACCUCGAACAACUUUCACACCUGCUCAGCAAAGGAUGCCGCUGGCCGUGA